AUGGGUUGCUUCCGUGACAUUGUUGGGAGUAAGAAACUGGCAGGUUGGGGAGCCCCUUGCCACCGUGAAAUCUUGGGCGAAGGCUCGACUUCCUAUAUUACACGCGUAGCGCCAGCGUAUAUAAGCCGCGGAGGUGAUCUAAUUCAUUUAUCGGAAAGGUACCUACCGGUUGACGGGCUGGUAGCUGGGCCUAUGAUACAACGAUGCUGGACAGAAGAAUACUCUGAUCUGGGGGAACUCACUGAAGACCAGAGUUGGCAGUUUGAGAAUGACGCAAUUUCAAUACACUCGUAA